UGAGGAAGUACAUAAGCUCGGACAGAAAUAGUUGCACAACAGACUAAACGCAAUAAAGUUCAAUAACGGUUUGUGCUGGGAUACCAACUGCUACAAAAUAAAAUCUCCUAUAAAAUGGCUGAUGAAAAUGGAAAGGACAGUUCGUUAGACAGAAGAAGCAGUAUUGCUGAAUCGUCAGAUUCGUAUGACUCAUAUUUCACAGCAGAGACUAGCAUCCCCUCGGCAACGAUCUUUAGCGAAACUAUCUCCUCGAUACGUACCGAAGAAAGUACAAACGUACAAGAACUUAUUCAAACAGCGCUAGGUGAAAUACAACCCGACGCAUAUAUUGAUUUCAAUAGCAGUUUCACUCUUUUUGACGGAAUUGCAUCUAUUACAGGCAAAGCGUCGAAUGAUGUUAAAGCUGAAGUCAUAGAAGUUCUUAAAACCCAUAGAAAGCAGUUUCAGAUUAUUCUUAAGCUGUUCAACAAGGAUGAAAAUACAAGCACUGCCAGCAUGAAUGAAAAGGAACAGCUACGGUUAGAGAGAGAAGCAUAUGACCAUCUUAUUACUCAGUGCAAUGAUAUUGAUAGCCUAGAAAAAAAAUACAUAUUUCCAGUCAUAUUUGCUGCGGCAACAAUCAUCAACGUGCCAAUAUACAUUUUCUGCGAAGCAGACUAUGCAAAAUUUACAUGGCAGUUUUUCCCGCCACGUUUCGAGUUUCCAGAUCAACCUCAGCCACCUAUUGUUUCUUACAUGACGAUAUACAUGUCACCUGAUGGCAAGUUCUCCCAGAUCACAAUAGAAAAUGUUCCAAAAUCGAACGGAAUACUUGGAUAUUUCCUCGAAACACUUGAAGCAACUGCUGCUUGCGACAUUGACCUGCCUAAACAAUUGCUAAACAUUUCAAAGGAUAAGAAAGACGAGAUGAUACGCCGGGGAAGUAAGACAUCCCUUAGACAAGCGUGUAAUCUUUUGGGCAACACUUUAAGACUGGACUCCGCCGGAAUAGGAGAUAGCAAUAAUGACAAAAAUGGCGAUGAUAUUAUGGAACAUCUUCUCCUACACAAUUCAGAGGAGGAUUUUUUGCUUUACUGCAAGAUACUGAUCAAGUCUAGUGACUUCAAGGCGUUAGAAGUUGGCAUAUCAGACUGGGAUGCAUUCGUUGCAGAAUGCGAAUAUACUCGAAGGUUUAUGACACUAAGCGAACUGGACCAAGUGGUCGUUGAAAGAAACAUUGAAGUAGGAAGACUUGUAAGAGCAUGCAAAGAAGGUGGAGAAGAGUUAGACAAAAGGAGAAAAACUGUAAACAGAACUGUUAUUGCGAGCUCUACCGUAGGACUGAUUUGGCGGUGGACUUGCAAUUACCGGUCUUGCGCUGGCUCCCUUUAGUUUUGGUGCAUCCUUGGGAUUAACUAUUGCAGGUGGAGCGAUUGGUGUAGCAGCCGGAGCAACAUCUGGAGGUGUUAGAUCAGUAGAAGCCGUCAAACAGAACACUAAAAUAAAAGACAUAAAAGGAAAACUGACAGUUGUGGAAAAAUUGGAAACAGAUAUAUCUGGAAAACUGAAAAUGGCCCAAGAAUCGUUUAGUAAUACAAACUUUGCUCUGGACAGGGUUCCACAAGAAAUACCAGGAAUAAGCAGGCGUGGAUUUAUGGCUGUUGGCUCAGCAGCCAGAUCUGUUCAUUCAGGUGUGAGUAUUGCCCUUGCAGCAGCGAGACUUUCCGCAACAACCGCGUCAUUUUCUGCAGCUAUAAUAGGACCACUAUCUCUUGUGUUUGAUAUUGCAUUCCUAGCCGAGGCCAUUGCCAACACACGAAAAGGGGACAGAACCAAUGCGAGUAAAAAGUUGAAAGAUACUGCUGCAACGGUUGAUGUAAAGCAUAGAGUUUUCAAUAGUGUGGUACGUGGAAACUGUUUUGACUUAUACAGAUUAGUUGUAAUUGAAACUAUUUAAAGUAGUCGAAGAAGCAUUGUUUUGUAUUUAAUUACAACAUCACAUGGAAACUAAUAAUGAGAAUCAAUCAAAUAUGUAUUAAAUAGGAUAACUGUAUAUCUCUACCGAAAAAACACUAAAUAGUGUUUCAACGCUUAACGUUUUGAUGAUUUAAUGUUACAAGAUGUAUCGAAUUCCUUGUUCAAAUGAGUCGGUAUCUUCAAUCACUUAGAGCAUAUAUCUAACGACUGAAGGUACCGUUGCAUCACAAAAGAAACUAGAAGCUAUACGGUAUGUUCCAUUUAUUAUAUAAUUAAUUUAUGUCUAUAAUAUAUGUUCUUGAAAUUUGAUAUGUAAAUAGUUUAAGAAAUAUGUUUCGCAAUACAGGAACUCAAAUAACAUGGAUUAAAGUAGAAGUGGAGAAACAAUCUGCACAAUACCUAUUUCGCUUAAAGACAUACAAUGUAAAGUGCGAUUUCAGUUUGAAAGUGAUCAAUUUAAGGAAACACUUUGAACAAUAUCCUUUUGUGCUGUUGAAAUACCAAUGUAGGGAAAAACGUUGUAAAUUAUGAUUUGUGCUAAAGACGUUCACUCUACAAUAAUAAGGUUUGAAAGCUGGCAUGACAGUUUAGUAGACUUAUUGGCUGAUGUGUUAUUUUCUUCAUUUCGAAAUGACGCACAAUAGAGUUCUUUUGUAAAACUA